AUGGAUUCCGGCUCGGCAGCGCUUGUGCGGCUGGUGGCUUCAGCCAUCGGCGCAGGUGUUGCAGAGGCUGCCACACUACCUGCGGAUGUGGCCAAGGUUCGACUCCAACUGCAAAGCAGCUCGGAUGGCGAGCUUAGGUACCACGGCAUGAUGGACUGCAUCGUGAAGGUCGCCAAAGUUGAAGGGCUGGGAGCGUUGUGGAAAGGUCUCGUACCGGCGCUGGUGCGGCAGGUGUCCUACCACUCGUUCACCUUCGUCCUCUACGAGCCAAUCCGGGAUGUGGCAAGUGCGCUUCUGGCCAUGGAGCCGGGUCAGACCACGUACCUCCUUCGGCUCGUGUCGGCGGGAACCUCGGCGGCCAUCGCCAUUGCCCUCUUCAACCCUACGGAGGUCAUCAAGACCCAGAUACAGAGCAGCUCCGCCAGCCUAACGAUGCGGGAGGUCGCAUCCAAGGUCUGGAAGAAGGACGGCGCAAAAGGCUUCUGGGCUGGAGUUCGCCCUAACGUCGUGAGGACUUUUCUGGUCAAUGGCGCCGAAAUAGGCACUUAUGACGAGUCCAAGCUGGUCCUGAUUGAGUCAGCCGGGGACGGACUUUUUGCUCACGUCGGCGCCAGCUUCGUCGCCGGCUUGGCCUCAGCGUGCGUCUCUACACCAGCGGACGUCGUCAAGACCCGUUUCAUGAAUGCGGCUGGAUCCGACCAGGCAUACCGCGGCAUUGUGCACACGCUGUGCAGCAUCCUACGUCUUGAAGGCUUCCUGGCCCUGUACAAGGGCUUUGCUCUGAUCGUUUGUCGCAAGUUGAUUUGGUGCACUGUCUUCUUCGUGAUCUACGAGCGGCUGCUUCAAGCAGUGUUUCAGGCAUUGCGCGUGAUGGAAACCUACUGA